AUGCCUCCUCGUAAGACUUUGUUGGCACCUAUCCACUUUGUCUUCGGCCUUCUGCAGAGGCGCACGACUGUGGCUGUCUGGCUUUAUGAGCAGCUUGGAUUCCGCAUUGAAGGCAAGAUUCGUGGAUUCGAUGAGUUUAUGAACCUGGUGCUCGAUGACGCCGUUGAGGUGCGCCUCCCCACCAAUGGGCAAGAUGAGAAGCGGCGACCACUUGGCCAAGUCCUCCUGAAGGGCGACAACAUAUCCUUGAUCCAAGCUGCAUAA